AUGACACAACAACCCUUCCGCCCUAUCAAGCGUCUUCUCAUAGCAAAUAGGGGAGAAAUAGCAACGCGUAUUUUAUCCACAGCACGUGAACUGAGCAUAGAAACCUACACCCUCUACACCACCAAUGACUCAUCACACACUCUCAACUCAACACAAUCGAUUCAACUUCCAUCUCCAUCUUCAUAUCUCGAUAUCCCAACUCUGAUUUCCAUUGUUCAAAAAUACAAUAUCGAUACUAUCCAUCCAGGCUAUGGGUUUCUCUCCGAAUCUGCCGAGUUUGCAGAAAGGAUGUGGAGAGAAGCUAAUGCGGUUGUUAUCGGACCUGGAUUCCGAAUUCUAGAUAGAACAGGUGAUAAAUUAAUGGCGAGAAAUCUGGCACAGGAAUGUCACGUUCCUAUUCUCCCAGCUCUUCAAGUACCCACAGAUGAUGUGAUUCAACUCCAGAAAUUUGCAUCAGAGGUCGGCUAUCCUAUUAUCAUCAAAGCAGUAGAUGGAGGCGGAGGUCGUGGCAUUAGGAUCGUGACAAAAGAAGACGAGCUAGAAGGGAUGUUAAAAGCAGCAUUGAGAGAAAGUCCAAGCAAGAAAGUUUUUGCGGAGAAAGCGGCUGUGGAUGGAUAUAGACAUGUGGAAGUACAAAUUAUUGGCGAUGGCCAAGGAGGGGGGGUAGUGGAGAAGAUUAUUGAGAGUGCAUUGAGAAUGGCGAGGAAGGUAAAUUAUUACUCGCUUGGAACUUUCGAAUUUUUGGUUCGGCAAUCAUCGCCUGAGUUCUAUUUUCUGGAAAUUAAUCCGCGUUUACAAGUCGAACAUACCAUUACCGAAUCUCUGGCAUCCGGUAUUGAUCUCGUUCAAGUACAGCUUCUUCUCGCCCAAGGACACCCCCUCUUAUCUCUCCUCCCAUCAUCUCUUCCUCAAUCCCCACUAACCCCACCUCAAAGCCACUCCCUGCAGCUCCGCAUCACAGCCGAAUCUCCCUCUCAAAACUUCUCACUCACUCCCGGGAAAAUCACAUUAUUUCAUUUCCCUUCCGGAAACGGCAUUCGGGUAGACACUCAUCUGCAUCCUUCAGUCCCUGCAAUCAUCGGCACAGAUUUCGAUAGUCUACUAGCAAAGCUCAUUAUCACCGCACCUACCUGGCAAGGUAUCAUUGCGAAAGCUAAACGAGCAUUAGAUGAUACAUAUAUCACUGGCAUUGAAACUAACCUGGAUUUGUUAAGAGCAAUGAUCGACAGUGUUGCAUUUAAGAAGCAAGAGUGCGAUACAAGAUGGUUGGAGAUGAACCUACCGGUGUUACUCAGAUCCGCCAAGAAGAUAAGCGAGGGCUUGAAGAAUUCGGCAGUACCGGUAUCGAUGAGCUCAUUACCAACUUUACCAUCUUCAUCGAGUGUGGUGUUCCGUCCGAGAGAUGCGUGGAAUAUAGAACUUACUCCUGAUGAAUCCUCCAAUAUGGAUACAAAAUCCGCGAAUUCGACGCCGAUCCCAUAUCACAUGCGAAUAACCCGCAUCCUCACCAACAACUUUCCUUCCUCUCUGAAAGCCAACAUCCAAUUCACUUCUCCCUCCUCCACCACCACAAAAACGACCCCUUACACACUCUCCCUCACCUCAUCCUCCUCUACUCCCACCUCUCAACAAUCUGCCCACCGUCUAGGUGACUCCCAGAAUCCAAACCACAUCACAGCACCCUUCCCGGGAAAACUCAUCGAAGUCUGCGUAGAGAAAGGGGAUCAGAUAGUGGCUGGCCAGACUAUCUGUGUGAUCAGACAGAUGAAAAUGGAAGUUGAGGUUAGGAGUCAGAAGGACGGGGUUGUGAAGUGGAUUUUUGGGGAUGGGGAGGAAGAUCAAUGGGAAGAGGGAGAGGAAGGGGAGGAUAUGGGGUGGGGGUGCUGGUUUGUGAGCUAG